AUGUCUUCUACGGGUGUCGGCGUAACGUUUCAUACUGAUCCCUUCCCCUGGCACACCGUACUACCGAAGCCAAAUGUGCGAAUAGACGCCACAGUCUCAAUCAAUAGUAAACAACAGGACCACUCGCGCUCGCUAGCAUUUCUUCCUCUCGUUCCAUCCCUUGCCGCCAUCAAGAUGACGGACUCGUAUGUUUCCACUGCCAACGGCGACGCUUCCCUCUCCCAGAACGGCACGAGCAAGAUGAAUGGUUCCAGCCCAUCAUUGGCUACGUCGCCCAACGAAGUCGCCGCUUCGCCCAUCAUACGCAAGAAGCUCAUGGGCUUCGUCGGUUUUGCCAAUCUGCCUAACCAGGUGCAUAGGAAGAGCGUGCGCAAAGGCUUCCAGUUCACCGCCAUGGUCGUCGGAGAGUCAGGUCUUGGAAAAUCGACGCUCAUUAACACUUUGUUCAAUACCACUCUCUACCCCCCCAAGGAGCCUCUACCUCCCAGCGCAGAGCGCCCUCAAACGGUUGCUAUUGAAAGCAUCAGCGCCGAUAUUGAGGAGAAUGGUGUUCGGCUUCGUUUGACCGUAGUUGACACGCCUGGUUUCGGCGACUUCGUCAACAACGACGAUAGCUGGAAGCCUAUCGUGGAGAACAUUGAGGCUCGAUUCGACUCGUAUCUUGAGCAGGAGAACCGAGUGAACCGGCAAAAAAUAGUCGACAACCGCGUACACGCUUGUCUCUAUUUUAUUCAGCCCACGGGUCACUCGUUGAAGCCGAUUGACAUCGAGUGCAUGCGUCAGCUUCACACUAAAGUCAACCUGAUCCCCGUCAUUGCGAAGGCCGAUACCCUCACGGAUGAGGAAGUGGCAGAAUUCAAGGCCCGCAUUCUUGCCGACAUUGCCUACCACAAUAUCCACAUCUUCCAAGCGCCCACGUACGAAAAUGAGGAUGAGGAGGCAAUUGCAGAGGCUGAAGAGAUUGCGAGCAAAAUUCCCUUUGCGGUCGUCGGUUCUGACAAAUACGUGAAGACACCCGACGGUCGCGAAGUCCGUGGUCGUGCGUAUCCAUGGGGUGUAGUAGAGGUGGACAACGAAGACCACUGCGAUUUCGUGAAGCUCCGACAGAUGCUCGUCCGGACAUAUAUGGAGGAACUCAGGGAGUACACCAAUGAUGUCCUGUAUGAGAACUGGCGAACGGAGAAGUUGGUCAGCAUGGGAGUUGUCCAGGACUCCAGUGUCUUCAAGGAGGUCAACCCUGCCAUCAGGAUACAGGAGGAGCGCACCAUGCACGAGGCCAAGCUUGCCAAGAUGGAGGCCGAGAUGAAGAUGGUGUUCCAACAGAAGGUGCAGGAGAAGGAGGCGAAGCUCAAGCAGUCGGAAGAGGAGUUGUAUGCCAGGCAUCGGGAGAUGAAGGAGGCCCUCGAGAAGCAGCGGUUGGACCUCGACGAGAAGAAACGGCGGAUCGAGGCUGGGCGUCCACUGACCCCCGAAAAGAAUGUCACUGGCAGGAAGAAGGGCUUCCUCCGCACUUAG